CUGGGCAGCCCGCAAGCCUGAUGGAUGCGUUUUGAAGCCGCCGCUUCGCACAAAUGCGACGCCUGGCGUGGCUGCUGCUGCUCGCUGCAGCCGCCCGCGGUGAGGACCCACUGCUGGCAACAAAGCAAGUCGAGGACCUCCUGCGACACGACGCCGACUGCCUCGCGGUCGCGACGUCGAACGGACCGAGGAGUGCGUUCGAGUGGACCGAGCUCGCGCGGAAGUAUUUGUUCGGACCAACGGAACGCGACUGGUUUUGUGCGUACCUGGUCACGGCAGGGCUAGCGCGAUUCUUAUACGUAGAAUACGAAACAUUGAAAGGAGAGGGCACGGGCAAGGGCCAGACGAAGUUAUGGGAGGCGUACAAUGCCACACAUUCGCUGGGUAUGGUCCUCACGCAGCCGAACAUCAUGGGGACGUUGACAGGAGAAGCUUUGGCUUGGUGCUAUCGCGGGGUCCGGAUUCUGGAGCGUGCUUUGGAGAUGCUGCGGGAGUUGUUGGGUCACUACGAGUGGUCGGGCGAGGAGCGAGCUCAGAUAGAGAAGGAAGUGGUCGUCGUCGGUGAUUUAUUGGCCAUGUUCCGCGAGAGCCUCAGCGACCGAGCAGAACCAUCAGAUGUCGCGUCCUACGUGGACCUCCCGCCCCAUACCGGCGAGCCGCCCGAGGAAGUGUCCUGCGAGCGGUGGGUCGACGCGACGGAAGCAGGGGCAUUAUACGCGCUCUACGGCGACCGGCAAGUGGCUGACGACAUGUUAUCGACGGUGUGCGAGCAAUGCGACGCGCGCGCGUGUCUCCUGCGCGACCUCUCGCGGAGACGCGACGAGCUCUUCCGCGCGUGGCUCGGGGCCAAUAACGGCCCCGCGCCCUGGGAGCCGCGGGGUGAUGAUAUUUUUGCGGCGGCGGCGCGGUACGAGGUCGACGAGGGCCCAUCUAUUGGUAUGUUUCUGCUGCGGUCGUCGCGGGCGCGACGGCCGUACGUCGACGAGACGCCGGUUCUAGCGCUGGCGUUGCGCGCGGCCUCGCGGUGCAACGCGACGUUAGCGAAUAGCAUGAGGCUCCACGUCAUGGUGCACGAGGGGCCCGUCGCGGACUUGAUGGAAAAAUGGCGGGCGUGGGUCGGCGCGUUGAUUGGCGGCGUCCACCUCUGUCGCGUCGGCGCGGUGCCGCCGCGCCCCCAUAACCUCAACUACCUUCGCAAAAUCUUUUCGGCGCUGGCCAUUUCGCGGCGUCGCGCGUAUUCUACGAUCAUCAGCCUCGACGACGACAUCCUGCUCGCGCCGGAUGCGAUCCUGGCGCUACUGGAGCACGCCCCCGCCGCCGUGGCCGGUCCCGCUGCCCGAUGCGCCAUGGUCUCGCCCACGAUCUCGAACGGCAUUCCGACCGCCGAGCUGUUCGCCGCCGACUUUUUCGACGACGCGACGACGCGAUCCUUGCAAGACUGCUACGCCGGGACGCUGCGACGUAAGCCCGUAGAGGGUGACGCCCGCUACAGCAAGGGCGAGGAGCCGCGGCCCCUGUUGUACGACGUGCUCGGCGCGCCGUGGGACGUGCACGACUGGGAUCCGGACUUCUGGUGGGCGCGGCUCUGGGCCGCGGCGCCGCAUCUAUUAUGGGAGAACGUCACGUCCAUCGGCCUCGGGAUCCAUCCGGUACGGACGAACGUGACGUGCCAGCGGCUGGCGUUCGAGGCGGCGCUGCGCCUCGUCCCGCGCCAGUUUUCCACGCGGGACGCGCGGAACGCGAGGCUCGAGGCGGCGGCGCCGGGUGCGUACCCCUACCUCGCGAACUCCGUCUGGGCGACGACCCCCGACAGGCUCGCCGCGUCGCUCCUGCGAGUGGACCUGCACCUCUACGGCCACCCCUUCGACGAGGCGGGCAUGUCGACGGUGUGGCUGCACGAGCGGCGCGCGCGGCUGUGCGUCGUGCGGAACGCGUUCGUGCUCCAUCCGCAGUACGGCCGGACGCUCCAGGGCGACGCCGAGGCCCAGAUGCACGCGGUCGCCUUCGGGGCGCUGUCGCUCCGCGAGGCGCUCGGCGACGACGGCCCAGCGCUUGAACCUCCGCUCCAGUGCGAGAGUUCGAGGUUCGCGCGCUUCCGGAGCCGGUGGUCCAAGCAGGUCCCGCUGGACUCGCCAUCGUAACUUUAGUUUCGCGGC